GCUGUCAAGGAGCGAAGCGGAUACGGCCCGCAGGGCGAGUGCGAGCGCGCGCAACGUGCGAGGUUGGCGUCCGAGACCGCGGCACUUCGGGAACCCGUGAAGUGACUCCGACUCCGCGAACUGAACUGACCCGUCUCAUCAUUAUUCGCUACAUCUAGUUGCACAACUACCACACUCCGUCAGCGUUUGUUGAACUGCAGUUUCGGUGGAGCGUUUGCAGAAAUGAUUUGGAGAGACAGAGAGCACUUGUCACUGGCACUGUCCGAAGAGUUUGUCGCUGAAGCGGAGCGGCGAUAGUUUUCACUGAGGCUCGGGCGCUCUAUCUGUGCUCGCGACUGGUGGGGUUUUCUGGGGCUCUACGUCUACGUGCCGGUUUUUGAGAAAUCAAGGCAGGAGAGUGCCGUUCGCUAGUACAGAACGCUGUAGAGCUGCGCAAUUUGCCACCAGAAACCAAGUCAGUACCGUUUGUUCAUGUGCGAAUCUCGUCCGACAUACCCGUUUUUUCUUCUGACAGCCUAAUUUAAGUAUCAAUGUGCUGAGCCUUCCUGCAUCGUGCACGUCCCGGAAUUAUAUACGGCACGAUAGUCAGAACAUUCCGACGAAAGCAAAAGUCUUCAUCGUACUAAUAGUCAGUUCUAGUCUAAGGUUGUGCUGAGCAUCCUCUCUCGUCACUGAUGGACAGACACCGACGAAAUUCCUUCCUCGUGGCGCAAGCCGCAGUUCCGCGAAAAGGUUGACGUAGUUGGCACAGAGCACAACACCCCUACCUUUGUGUGGACAAGUGAGGGUGACUGGCACUGAACUGGGACUGCCCACUUAUCUAUAGUUCGUGUAAGCGGAGUUGAAAGACUGCAAAGCACAUGAGCCCGGCGACACCUCUGACUGACAUGAAUGCGCGCGUCUUGUCCGGCGUGCGUGUUGCUGUGGCAGCUGUGCUGAUUGUGUUUGCUCAGGGUGCCCGCAGCAUCCGGUUUGAGCGCGUGGACGUUCCUGGCGCGGUGAUCAGCGGUGAACCCGUCCUGCUGCUCUGCGAGUACAAUCUGGAAGGCGCCGAGCUCUACUCGGUCAAGUGGUAUAAGAACAACGUCGAGUUCUACCGGUAUCUACCCAGCGACGUUCCGCCGGGUCAGAAGUACGACCUCGUCGGACUCUACGUGAACUUGUCAAAGUCCAACCACAACCGGGUGUACCUGGACCGUACUGACCUCAACAGUGAAGGUAGCUACGGCUGCGAAGUGUCCACCGAGGGACCAGAAUUCCGAACAAUCAUCUUUGAGAAGGACCUUAAUAUCUACGUGUUGCCGGAGCGUGGGCCCGUCAUCGAGGGCGUGCGUGGACGCUACCAGCUUGGAGACGUCCUGAACGCCACCUGUAGGUCGAGGCCUUCCAAACCUGCACCUUUCCUCAACUGGUUUGUCAACGGAAAGCUGGCGCCGUCCCACCAGGUGACACACAAGGGCCCAUACCGGCGCGCCAAUGCGUUGCAGGCGUCUGUGUCCACGCUGCGAUUCCAGAUCACGGCCCGUCACCUUGCUCACGGCUUGAUCAGGCUGCGCUGUUCCUCUUCGAUCAACAAGAACCACUCGCGAAGCAGCCAGGAACUGCUCGUGGGCACGCAGAGGCAUCUGGCUACCGAGAAAACUUACGAAGAGGAGAACGCACCGACAGUGACCGGCGUGAAGCCGUACUACUCGGUGGGACACACGAUCGACCUCAACUGCAGCGCUGUCAUGACAACCGAUGAGAUUGAGCUGGAGUGGUUCAUCAACGAUGAUGAACACAUGCCGAGCGGCUACCAAACACGUUACCCCACGAGCAGACAGCCCGAGACCGGCCUGCGCGAGACGGUGGUGCGUCUGCGCUUCGUCCUCCAACCGCGACACUACCACAACGACGAGCUGCGGCUCCGCUGCACGGCCACCUUCUCCAAGCUGCUCACGCUCUCCUCCGAAGAGACGGUCCUCGUCGCCUCCCAGCAGACGCCGGGCUUCCACAUAGCCGAGAGCCGCUCAGGAAGAACCGCACCUGGCUGUGGGACGCUCUUCUGGACAGCCCUGGAAGCCGUGUUCGUCUUCUUCCUCUUGCGCUAGCAAGUUCGAAGGCCGUGACGGCACAAUCUCAAGCGCACACGUGGACAGAAGAGAAUUCAGUGGCGUUUGGCUUAAUGUGUAGCAUCACCGUUGCUCAGGCUUGGCGACAAUCGCGGAUCCGAUGACCCCAGCUCGCCAAUUUCAGUAUCGGCGGAAGACACGGCAGCUGUGCGCGUUCAGUGCGUCGCGCUUCAAACUGCAGCGCUGGGAUGACCGCUGUGCAUGUGUCUAUGCUUCCGGUGGCGAUUCGUUUGUUGUUGUUGUUGUUCUUGUUGUUACUUUCCUAUGUUACAGUGUUGGAAAGCAGUUGCUGCGGUCCUGCUUCGACACGACGUGUUUGGUAGGCAUUUCUGUGAGAGCCGCGAUGUUGUCGCUGAAUAGUUAUGCAUCCUAGAAUGUGUACAAGAGAUGGGAACUGGUGACGUCUUAUCUUCGAGAGGUGAAGUGGCUGGACAUGACGUACUGCUGGUGUUUUUAGCAUAAUCCUGGUCGAUAAGCACUUCAUCGAGGGAUAGACGGCAAAGGAAGCGUCGCAACAAUACGAGGACAUGACCCGCUAUCUCGCAGCCCGAACAGACCGAAGACAGCGGUGACACAAUAAAAGUGCCUCUACUACGCA